AUGACCCUUCCAACUGCAGAACAAGUCAUAAACCUUCCUGAUAUCGAAACACAGUGGGUAGUAAGGGCUACUCAUCAUGCUGAGACAUAUUUUAAUAUCAUAAAUUCUAUUGAUGCCAAGACAUUUAACUUGACAAAAAUCGAUGACGAAAUAUAUGACGACUUUAUGAAAACGUUUCCCGAAGUAAAUUUAAAUGACGUAGAUGAGGAUCAAUUAAAGUCGCCAGAAGGCAAAGUGAAAUGGCGGGAGUGGAUAAUGAAGUAUGAAAACCGAGUAAAUGACUAUAAUUUUGGUACUUUACUGCGCAAGAAUGUCAAAGGGGAUUACACCGAAGACAAUACUAUAUUUGGUAUGUUUCCUAUGAAUCUCAUCCACACAAUGUCAAAAAUAUAUCAAAAAGAGAAUAACGAACUUAAUUCGCUACUUACAUACAUCCAGUUCUCAGGAUGCAAGUAA